UUGUCUUUUUGCCUAACUGUUGUGUUGGGUCUUGGUCGGAUUCGACCAAAUUACCGUUUUUUCAUUGUGAAGUUAAAGAAGAAAGUGGGAACUGGGAAGGGAGAGACGGAGUCUGAACAAACCAAAACGGAAGAAAUAGGAAUCCUGAAGAAAUAGGACUCUCUCUCUCUCUCUCUCCUUCUUCUUCUUCUUCUUCUCUCUUUCCCCUUCCAUUUUAUCUCUUCGUUUACGAGUCAUUUCCAAAUACUCGUAGUCGGCUUUUACUUGACUCAAUCCGAUUUCUGUUGCCGGCAUGGAAGAGGCUAACGUGGUGGAAGCCAGGGAUGGAACCAUUUCUGUAGCUUCUGCAUUUUCUGGUCAUCAAGAAGCUGUACAGGAUCGUGAUCACAAAUUUUUGUCAAGAGCAAUUGAGGAAGCAUACAAGGGGGUAGAGUGUGGUGAUGGAGGCCCUUUUGGUGCAGUUGUUGUUCGUAAUGAUGAAGUAGUUGUGAGUUGUCACAACAUGGUUUUGAAACACACAGACCCUACUGCCCAUGCUGAAGUAACUGCUGUAAGAGAGGCAUGCAAAAAGCUCAACAAAAUUGAGCUGCCCGACUGUGAGAUGUAUGCGUCUUGCGAGCCUUGUCCAAUGUGCUUUGGAGCAAUUCACCUUUCGCGAAUCAAGAGGCUGGUCUACGGUGCCAAAGCUGAAGCUGCCAUUGCCAUUGGGUUUGAUGAUUUCAUUGCUGAUGCAUUAAGGGGUACUGGAUUCUACCAGAAGGCCCAUUUAGAAAUAAAAAGAGCCGAUGGUAACGGUGCCAUCAUUGCUGAACAAGUCUUUGAGAAGACCAAGGCCAAGUUUCAAAUGUACUGAAUUCCUGAAUCUCCUUUUGAACUGCAUGGAGGUGGACUGCCUUAUUAUUAAACUUGCAUUUAUUUCUGUUUUCUUUUGCCACUGAAAAACUCCCAUUGUUCAAGAUCAAUAAUAUGUGUCUACUCUCAGGAA